AUGCUGCGCAACGGCGGGGCAGAGACCGAUCAAGGUGUCAUCUUCGCUGGCGCCAAGACGUCUUUCCGCAACUCUUCGUCCAUCGCUUUCCUCCCAAGACAGCGCUGCCUCUGCCGCUCCAACGACCUGAACGCUUCGCAGCAAACCGUCCGGAAAGGCGGGGGCGCUCUCGAUAUCGACGCCCUGCCAACCAGUCGGAACCCCAGGCGUUCUCGUUUGGCAGGACUGCACAACCAGGAUGCUGGCAGCGGCGGCAACUCCGACAAGUCGAGUGUCAUUCUCAAGGUCGGCAUGGUCGGCGACUCACAGAUUGGCAAGACAAGUCUGAUGGUCCGCUACGUCGAAGGCAGCUUCAACGAAGAUUACAUUCAGACGCUCGGCGUCAACUUUAUGGAAAAGACCAUCUCGAUCCGCAAUACCGAGAUCACCUUCUCCAUCUGGGAUCUUGGCGGACAGCGCGAGUUCGUCAACAUGCUCCCGCUCGUAUGCAACGACGCGGUCGCCAUCCUGUUCAUGUUUGAUCUUACACGCAAAUCGACUCUCAAUUCGAUCAAAGAGUGGUAUCGACAGGCGCGUGGCUUCAACAAGACCGCUAUCCCCUUCCUCGUUGGUACCAAAUACGACCACUAUGCCACGCUCCCGCGCGAAGAGCAAGACGAGAUCACAAAGCAGGCAAGGCGCUUCUCCAAAGCCAUGAAGGCUCCACUCAUCUUCUGCUCCACCAGCCAUGCCAUCAACGUCCAAAAGAUCUUCAAGGUCCUCCUCGCCAAAGCUUUCGAUCUCAAGUGCACCAUCCCCGAGAUCAAAGGCCCAGGCGAGCCUCUCCUCAUCUACCUCGACGUAUAG